AUGCUCAUAGAAAUACCCAAAGCUGAGUUGCAUAGACAUUUGGAUGGAUCGUUAAGAAUUCAAACCAUGAUAGACCUAGCGAAUCGAUACAAUAUUAAUUUGCCAGCAAAAACUGAAAACGAGUUGUCAAAACAUUUGGUUGUACCUGAUGACUGUGCAAGCUUGGAACAGUAUUUGGAAGCAUUUAAAUUUACUUGUGCUGUUUUACAAAAUGAAUAUUCGUUGGAAAGAGUGACAUACGAGGUUUGUGAAGAUGCCUACAAAGAAAAUACCACUUAUUUAGAAAUUAGGUUUGGACCUGUUUUACACACUAAUUCUGGCCUUUCCUUAAAACAAAUCAUGGACUCAGUCGUGAGAGGCGUUGAAUAUGCUGAAAGAACAUUGCCUGGAUUUACUGGAAGGAUUAUUAUUGCAACAAAAUAUUCUCAUGCAAAAACGGUGGCAUUCGAUUUGGCAUCCAAAGAAUUAGAAUAUCCUGCAAGUUUACACAGAAAGUCAUUUCAAUUGGUUCAUGAGAACUAUUUGAUGGCGACAUGUCACAGUGGAGAGGCUGCUGGAUCUGAAUACAUUAAAGACGCUAUUAUCAACUGUGGAGUACAACGAAUUGGACAUGGAACAAAACUAGUGCAAGACUUAAAGCUGUUGGAAUAUGUACGAGCUAGAAAUAUCGCUCUUGAAAUUUGUGUGACCAGCAAUUUUCAAACAAAAGCAACACCCAGUUAUGCAGCGCAUCCAUUACCAUUUUAUUUCCGAAAAGGUAUUGCUGUUUGUGUAUGUACAGACAACACCCUUAUGAGUGAUAUUACUCUUUCUAAAGAAUUGUUCAAAAUCCAACGACUCUAUAACUUUACAAAUGAGGAACUACUCAAGAUUAUGCGAUUUAGUUUUGAGAACGCAUUCAUCUCCUAUUCAGAAAAAGCAGAGCUGUUAAGAACAUUCGACGAAUAUGUUCACAACAAUUUUCCAAAGCAAUAG